CUCAGGGCUCUACAGCAAGAGAUUCAAGCACUGAUGCAGAAACGAACCCAGCUAAAGAAAAAUGUGUCCAACAAGCUCCAGAUGAAAAAAGUAACGUCUGAAUUUCUGCCUUAGUAUUUAGCUGUUCUACAACAUGGAUGAAACACAGCUGUUGUUACCACUUGGUUUGACUUCAAGGAUCAGUAAAGGCAUUUGUGAGCUUCAAGGAGAGCUACAUGACUAUACACAACCUCAAAGCAUCACACAAGGGGCGACUGUCACCAUGAUUGACCUGAGUUUCUUGACCAAAGAGGAACAGGAAACCAUCCUGACUGUGCUGAAAAGAGAUGCUGAGCUAAAGAAGCUUGAGGACCAACGUGUCCAAAACCUGCAGAAGUCCGUGAUGAACAAAAGCCAGCUGAGAUACUUGACUGGAGAAUGGUUCUAUGAGACUAAGCAGCUUCGCCAUCAGGAUCGCAUCCAUGGCUCUGACAUCAUCAGGGCCUCCAUGAGGCGCGCACAUAAACUGAAGACUAUACUGGAGCUCUCCCAGAUAUCGGCUGAGAGGUGCAGCUUUGUCAGCACCCAAAACAAAGAAGUGUCCUUACCAGCUGUACGCUGUGGUGUCCUUCAGGAGCCUCACAUGGAGCUCAGCAAUAAUCAUUAUCAAAAUCAGAACCUCAAUGAAACCCAACAAGAAACUCUGAAAUCAAAUUCACAGUCUCGCAUGAAGCAGAUAAAAAACCCGUUCAACAGCGAGCCUGAAAAGGAGAGUCGGGUAUUGGAUGAAGCAGUGAAUCAAACCCAAACAAAGGAAUGUAACAGGAAGAGCUCCAGUCCCAUCACGCCAGCCCUGAAACGGUUAUCCUCAAGGAGCAGGUCUUCAUCCGAAAGUCUGGAAAAUCUAACCCUAACCUCACAUACAAUUUCCUCACUUCCACCAAAAGCCUCCACACUCUCCAGCUCGAGGCUGAUGAAAAGCAGUGUGUCAGAACCCGUCCUUCUGUACAACAAGAUGGACAGUGGAGGCCCUCUGGAGACCAACAUGAGAUCUGAAACAAACACCAGCAGCUCCACGUAUAAUCUAAUGUCAUCUGUCAGCAGCAGCAUUUAUCCUGCAGACUCUGCUGACAUCAACGUCCAGGGAAGCAUCCAGUUUGCUGUGAACUACAUCCAGAAGCUUGGAGAGCUUCAUAUUUUUGUGAUGCACUGCAGAGAUCUGGCCACAGCUGACAGAAAGAAACAUCAUUCUGACCCGUAUGUGAAAUGUUAUCUUCUUCCAGACAAAACUAAGCUGGGAAAGAGAAAAACCAGUGUAAAAAAGAAGACAUUAAACCCCACCUACAAUGAAGUCCUCACGUUUAAAGUAAUGAUGCGGGUGUUGAAAACUCAGAGUCUGAACGUUUCAGUGUGGCACGACAACAGCUUAGGACGGAACAGAUUCCUGGGUGAGGUGAACCUGAAUUUGUUGGAGUGGGACUUCAGCAACACACAGAUAAAUGAAUAUGCAUUAAAAACCAGGGUGUCAGCACAAGCCUCAGCACCAGCUCCCUCGUGUCUUAUCGACAGCAGAGCACAGAUGAGAGUCGCUCUGAGAUUCCUGCCGCAGACGUCCCUCAACACAGGCAGGAGAACAUCUAUGAUGGAAAGCGCUGAGGUGCAGAUUUGGGUGAAAGACUGCAAGAAUCUUCCGCCGGUUAGAGGCCUCAUUAUCGACCCAUUUGUGAAAUGUACUCUACGUCCUGAUACAAGCCAGAGAAGCCGACAGAGAACUCGCGUAGUGACAAGGACAGCCAAUCCCAUGUUUAACCACACCAUGGUGUAUGAUGGCCUCCAACCAGAGGAUCUCAGGGAGGUCUGCAUUGAGAUCACAGUGUGGGAUCAUGACCAACUCCACAAUCACUACAUGGGUGGUCUGAGGCUUGGCCUGGGAACAGGGGAGAGUUACGGUGUGGAAGUGUCUUGGAUGGAUUCAACGACAGAUGAAGCUGAUUUAUGGCAGAGGAUGUUACGCUCUGAUAGUGAAUGGGUGGAGGAUGUUUUACCUCUGAGAAUGCUGAUGAUGCCAAAGAGCAUUUCAAAGUGACACUGUAUAAAAUGUAUUGAUUAAUGUGUAGAAACUACACAGCACAGUAUAUACUUUUAGAUGAUCCACAUAUUAUCCAAUGGAAGCAACCAAUAGUGUGUAUGGAGUCAUAUAUGAUGAUGAUCACUGUAUUCUAAACACUUACACAGUUGAUAUAAAAACUAGGUUUUGUUGUCCAAGUCACAUGUUAAAUUCAUUAUUUAAUAAGAAAUGCAGAAAGCAGAAAUUAUAAUCUAUGCUCUGACAGGAGUCACAGUAAUUCAUCAAAUUCUCCAUGUGAUGUAAGCAUCAAUGAACUGUAU